CUGAGGUCGUGAAAUCUACACGGGCAACCCGCUGAACAACCUCGCAAACAAAACAACAAACACAUCACAAAGCCACCAGCAAGAUGCCCGCCCCACCAAAGCAGAGGAAGAUGGCCAUUGUCGGCAGUCGAGCUGUCGGCAAGUCGAGUAUGACGGUGCAAUUCGUCGAUGGCCACUUUGUCGAUAGCUACUAUCCGACUAUCGAGAACACGUUCAGCAAGAUGAUCAAGUGGAAGAAUCAGGACUUUGCGACGGAGAUUAUCGAUACUGCUGGCCAGGACGAGUAUAGCAUUCUUAACUCGAAGCACUUCAUCGGUAUCCAUGGCUACAUGAUCGUCUACUCGGUUGCAAGCAAGCAGAGCUUCGAGAUGGCGCGCAUCAUCCGGGACAAGAUCCUCAAUCACCUCGCUGUCGACUGGGUCCCAAUCGUCAUCGUUGGCAACAAAUCCGAUCUCCGUCCCGAGCAGCGCCAGGUUACCCCUGAAGACGGUAAACAACUUGCCCAAGAGUUCAAGUGCGGCUGGACCGAAGCCAGUGCGCGGUACAACGAGAACGUCGAGAAGGCCUUCCAGCUCUUGAUCGAGCAGGUAGAGACUAGCCAGAACCCUGGUGAGCCCACUGGCGGCAAGAGUGGGUGUCAGGUCAUGUAAAAGCCAUGACUGACAGUCCUUUCCUCUAGGUACACCAAUGCAGUCGCGGUUCGGACAGCAUGAAGAGUACAAUAACAGAGGUUCGGUGAGCACGCAGAGCACGACGAGCAAGAAGAAGGGCUGGAAGAAACAUGUGCCAGCGGGCUGUACAUCCUCCUGAAGGGCUGUAUCGAAGGCUAGACGGUAUAGACGGUGGUGGGCUGGGUCGACUGCAAAUGCUUCUGGCAACCUCUCUUUGCAGAGGCAUAAUGGCGUAAUGGUGUUUGAGCGGGGGCGCAAUGGGUUCUAUUCGGUAUUCAGGUCUCUUUAUCCAAGCUCUGCGAUAUCGCAGAGGUCAACUCUCAAGACUGCAAUGGUUAUGAGGCCCACG